AUGGGAAGAGCUCCUUGUUGUGACAAAGAGAAAGUGAAGAAAGGACCAUGGUCUCCCGAUGAAGAUGCAAAACUCAAGAAUUAUCUUGAAAUUCAUGGCACGGUUGAAAAUUGGAUUUCAUUGCCCAAAAAAGCUGAUCUUAAGAGGUGUGGGAAGAGUUGUCGUCUAAGGUGGCUGAAUUAUCUUAGGCCAAACAUCAAACAUGGAGGCUUUACUGAGGAAGAGGACAUCACCAUUUGCUCUCUCUAUUCUCAAAUUGGUAGCAGAUGGUCUGUCAUUGCAUCAAAACUACAUGGCAGAACAGACAAUGAUGUGAAAAAUUAUUGGAACUCAAAACUGAAGAAAAGAAUUAUGGCAGGAAAAAUUAACCUCAAAUCAUUGUCUGGAAAUGACAAUACUACCCCUUCAACUACAUUAGUGCCUCAAAAUUCCAUCAUCCAAAAUUCACAAUAUUCUCUACCUUCACCAUUACCUUCACCAUUGCCAACCAUGUUAGAAAACAAUUUUGAUGCUAGUUAUGAACUCAACAAUGAUGAUAUAAACAUCGGUUUGGACCAAAUUCUUGAAAAGAACAUUGUUGCCUCCGAAAUCGGUACAAAUAACAACAAUGUUGUUAAUCCUAUGGUGUCCAUGUAUGAAGACUCUUCGAAGAUUACAGUGAACAAUAAUUGUAUAUCUAUUCAAGAUCAAGCUGGUAAUGAAUCAAUGGAUCCAUUGCUCGAUUUCAAUUUUGGAUUUCAUAAUGAUCGAGAGAGAGUUGUUGAUUUUGUUUCAAGUUGUGGCUUUUCGGAUUGGGUUGAUUUUAGUUAUUCUAACAUUAAACCAAAUUGA